GGGACAAAGAACGCUAGAAACCCCCACUUUCGCUUGGACCCCUGUUAGAGCAUAUCGUCUAAACUGUCUUGAACAUGGGACGACCCUUGAAAACCAACUCCUGAACAGAAACCUCGAACGCCUAUCGAACGAUUUAGGGUGUCUCUUGUAAUACAUCUUUUGACUCACGCUCCUUUACUAUCAUUCCUUUUUGUUCACAACCACGCGAGCUCUGGUCUCCAUCUCUUUUUCGAAUUAUUUACCCUUGGAGAAUAUUCCCUACCCCGCGAUUUGAUUUAUUCGAACAGGCCAGACUUGUUCAUUUUCCUGUCUCCUGAUAUGGCGCGACAUCUUUCCGUUAUCGUCAUUCUGGCGAUCGCGGGUUUCUUGGUCCUGACUUUCACGAAUUCCUUUGGCGACAAAUCAGGACAGAUACGACAAGUAUUGCCUGUCGGGAGUGUUACCGAACGACCACCAGCUGAUCCAGCACCAAUUACAUCAAAUCUGAAACCAGAUACGAAAGCAAAUGUGGAAGCGGAUGUGAAGACAGAAGUGAAAGAAGAAGUGAAAGCAGAUGCGAAACCAGACUGGAAGUCAGAUCUUGCCCCGCUGCAAGGCGAUAUUCUCACAGGAGGCGCAAUAGCCCCAAAACUAGAGAAUGCAACUUUGAAGGCCGAACUUGGUCGCUCGACCUGGAAAUUCCUCCAUACCAUGAUGGCGCGCUUCCCCGAUAAACCCACCGAAGACGACUCCCUUGCUCUUAAGACUUUUGUACAACUAUUCGCACGUCUAUACCCUUGUGGCGACUGUGCGCGGCACUUUCAAAAGCUCCUUGCCAAGUAUCCGCCGCAAGUCAGCUCGCGCAAUGCGGCUGCGGGUUGGGCUUGCUUUAUGCAUAACCAAGUCAAUGAGAGGUUGAAGAAGCCCCUAUUUGACUGUAAUAGCAUUGGUGAUUUCUAUGACUGCGGUUGUGGGGAUGAGAAGAAAGAGACAACGGAAACCAUAGGGGAACUCAAGUUAGAAAAGGAAGGGCUGACUAAAGGUGGUUGAUUAUACCAUCGUAAGGGGUCUUCAUUUUGUUUUGGGAGCAUAGCGGCUGGAGUUCCUGGUCAUCAGUCUUCAUUGUUUCUGAGUAGAAAAUAUCCACACAUCUCAUUACGCAUCCUAUUAAAUCUUUAAUGCUUUAUCGUGAAGACCAACCUUUCCUCCUUUGUAUAGGUACCUUUGACUAUUGCCGAUGACUACCCAUUUUGUAUCACCUCCAUAUAAGUCUAACUAGGUACCUACUCAAACAGCGGUAUAUCUAUAUCUUUCUACUCUGGCUAUUAUUGAACAUGCUCUUUCAUUGGGGGAAUAGAAAUCAUGAUAUUCUUUAGCUGAAAUAAAGCUACAUUACUUGCAUAUGCAGGUACUGAGGCACAGAAAUACGUACCACGGAGGGAAA